CAGAAAAAAAACGGUCUCCAUUCAGGGCUUGUUUAGAUCGCAUAUAAAUGGCUACUCUCUUUCUGUUCCAAAGCAUUGUUUGGGGAAAAAAACUAAAAAAAACCCGGCUGCAACGAUACUUGCUGCAGCCGUUUUCGUAGCUGGUUAGCUCUGUGUUGCAUGAACGUCGUAAAGCCUUUCAGCGAGCGUCGCGUUAGCGCCAGCGGACAGGCGUCGUGCCAAGACGCCCUUCUCAAAGCGUUGCAUAACCUGUGGCUUCGUGAAGGGAACCGUGACACGAGCAGUAAUGGCUGUAAAGCUGCAUGGAACGUUUCUCAAGAAUGAAUGUAGCCCAAACCUACAAGAACUCUGCAGAACUGCCUCUCGUGGACUUUUGAAGGCCUGUGGUUGAACUUCUCCUGACUGACAGGAUGUCCAUCACGGACCAUAGCCCCACCACUGGGGUCGUCACGAUUAUUGUAAUACUCAUUGCCAUUGCCGCACUAGGGGCUUUAAUUCUUGGUUGUUGGUGCUACUUGCGGCUGCAGCGCAUCAGUCAGUCUGAAGAUGAGGAAAGCAUUGUCGGUGAAGGUGAAACUAAGGAGCCCUUCUUACUGGUCCAGUAUUCGGCCAAAGGCCCGCGGGUGGAGCACAAGACCAAGCUCACCCCUAAUGGCACGGAGAGCCACACCUAAGUCCUCUCAUGUGCAUACUGUGUAGUGGGUUGUGUUUGUAGACUCCCGUCAGUCUUAAAGAAUUUCAAACCUUAGUGUCACUCAACACUGAAAUGAAACCACUCCACCUUUUAAACAAGCUGAAGAACAAAGACAAACCUAGUGCAUGCAGUUGUCUAGUUGCUUUGACUUGAUUUUUUCCCCCCGCCCAUUUUGUGGUGGUAGAGCCCUGUUAUAAUGUGAAAUUGACAAUUGUCAAGAGUUUUUUGCAAUGCUGUUUGUAAAGCCGUAACUGAGUUCUGAAGCUAAAUCAAAAAUUAAAUCAAUUUUUACUUUAUUUUUCAUCCAGAGCUGGCUCUGGGGUUAAGAAAUUCAACACAAAUUUUAAUGGAUUGAUUUCACAUCUAUGUCAAAAUUUUAGAUGGUUUUGGGGCUUUUUAUCCAGUUCAUUCCAUUUACUUUAAAAAAUAAAGGUUCUUUAUUGGCAUCUGUGGUUCCAUGAAGAACAUUUAACA